CCCAGGACCCCUUCGCGGCCCUGCUCGGCGGCGCCGGCGGGGCGGGCCAGGCGGGCGGCGGCGGCGCCCAGGACCCCCUCGCGGCCCUGCUCGGCGGCGCUGGGGCGGGGCAGGCGGGCGGCAUGCCAGGGUUGGGCGGCAUGCCGGGCCUGGGCGGCAUGGGCAUGCCAGGCAUGUCGGGCGCGGGCGGCAAGAGGGCCACCGACGCCUUCAUCACCGACCGCCUGCCCCUCCUGCAGAAGGUGAAGCGCCCCGUGAUGGCGUUCUUCUUCGGCUACUGCUUCUGGCGGGGCUGGGUCGGAAGAGCCGGCCUCGCGCAGGGGCUCUUCGCCAGCUCGUACCUGGACAUGCUGGCCGUGCCGCUCCGGGUGCUCCCGGACAGCCCGCUGCACGGGCGGGCCUACUUCUACGCGUCGUACUGGGUCGACUCCGGCGCGCGGCUGACCCGGUUCCUGUGGAACUGCGCGCGGGGCAAGGCCAAGUUCCCCACCAGCGUGCAGGACUUGAUGGGCAUGAUGAUGCCGGGCAUGUCUGGCGGCUCUGGCAUGCCCGGCAUGGGGGGCAUGCCCGGCAGCCAGGCGGCGUCGCCGUGGGGCAGCGCGGACGGCGCCCCGGACCUUGGCGCGCUCGGCAGCCUCUUCGGGGGCCUGGCUGCGGAGCCCACGCUGGGCGCCAUGCCGACGGCGCCGACAGUGGCCCCGGUCACGUCGCCCAUGGCCACCAUGGGGUCCACUCCCAUGGCCUCCACUGCGCCGGCGGCAACGGCACCUCCAGCCUCGCCGAUGCCCGAGGUCGUGCCGACGGCCACGCCGUCUUCCGCGUCGCCGGUGGCCGAGGCCAUCUCGGAGGUGCCGUCGCCCGCGGGCGCGGUCGGCGUCCCACCUCCGCCGCCGCCCAGGAAGGCUCCGACGGUGAUCGACGCAGACGUCGCGUUCCUCGACUAGCCGGUGCGCUGGGAGCCGGGGCCGCGUCGGGAGAGUUGCAGCCCUCGACCAGCCUGAAUGCCGCGUGGCCGCUGUGUGGUGCUUGACCUGGUGAUCGAUGCCGACGUCGCGACCCUUGACGGGGCUAGUCUGGGCGGUGACUGUUCCACGCGGGGGCCGCUCUCGUAAGGCGCUCGUGAUAGGGCGAGUGCGGUGAGAGCGCGCAUUGCUGCACGAUCCGCUCAAGUUUCACUUCGGCCAAAAACUUCUGCUUGAGCGGCAAUCCGACCCCCCUGUAGAACAGCGUCUCGCGUUGCGGUGUCGCGUGUUGGCAUCGGGUAGUGGCAUUACAUGCUGGCAUCGGAGAUGUAGCAUUGCGUGCCCGCCCUGCACCGACGUGACACCAUGUGAUGGUAGCGUCAACAAGUAGCCCCUGGAAGCUGGUUGCCCUCGCGCGUGGGGACCGUUCGGGCUAAUGAAAUACUCCCGCCUGUACGCCUAACUCGAUCUCUGAUGGCGCUGCUUUCUGCCUGUGGAGGAGGUCCUUGAGAUCCGACAGCGCGAAAAGUUGCAACACUGC